UCGCCAUUGGUUCCACUUCCGUGUGUCACAGCAUUAUCACUCCCCCCAAAAUGACAACAACACCAUAGGCAGAUUCGACAGACAGACACAAGACAGCCGUUGGGGUGGAGCACCGCUACGAACGCACAAAAAAACAACGCUGCAAAUUGUUUCCAAUACGUUGUCGUCGGGUGACAGAAAGAUGAACUGUCGCUUCCAAGCUGAGGAAUUUUUGUCAGCUCAGCCCACCGAGUGACUCCCCGUCACAGGAGCCUCUAUGGCGGGGCUGUCUCACUUGGUGCUCCGCUUCUCGGGCACCGCGGGUCGCACAUACGGAGUGUUUUCUAAAGGCUUGACCAGGACUUUGAUGAUAUUUUUUGAUUUGGCCUGGCGACUGAGAAUCAGGUUCCCUUACAUCUACCUUGUCGCCUCCAUGAUGUUUAACGUCAGACUCCAGAGACUGGACAGUCCCAAGUUUCUCAAGCAAAGAGGUUACUUCAAGACGUCUCUCAAUGGUCCAUAUUGAGAUCCACUGAGGUGUUGAUGACGCCGCUGGAACCGCACGCCAAGCGUCAGCUCUGUCACCCGGAUGAGGAUAAUGACGACGCUCGCACUGCCAGCCAGGUGACGAAGGGCACUCAGAUCCUUUCCUCGGGCCUUCAGGCGACGAGUCCAGUGCCUUUUGCAGGGGGAGGACAGCAGCGUUGGCCGCCACAUACAGGACGGCGUCAUGUUUGAGAUUUAUUUUUCUUUCUUUUUCCCAGCAUGACACCUUGCCUUUUGGCCGUCUCAUGUUUUCUGCAGUGAAAUAUCACUUUUAUGUGUCGGUUUUGGACACUUAACACUUGAACUGAGGUUGCUGUCUAGUCAGGUGCACUGGCUACCUCACCACAGCACCCCCUACUGGAAGCUUUUAUUGAAGGAAAGGCAUGUUGUGCUCAUGUCGUUUUCACACUCAUGGUUAUAUUUCCGCAUAUUGUCUUCAGUACUGGAAGGGUGGCAUUCACAAACAUCAUAACGUGCAUUUUGUUGUUUAUUUCUGUCGCUGUGGGAGGAUAAGGUGCAACACUGAUGAUUAAUUAAUUUGUAAAGCAAUAAAUUAAUGAAAUCAACUGCCACAACUUUUUUUAUAUAGAAGUGUUUCUGAAUGUGUAUAAUCAUUAUUGUACAUCACGGGUGUACAAAGUGUGGCUUGGAGGCCAUUCACGACACGCAGCUAAUUUUUUCUUGGCCCACAGCAUGUUCAUUCAUUCAUUCAUUUUCUACCGCUUUUCCUCACAAGGGUCGCGGGGGUGCUGGAGCCUAUGCC